CUCAAAACGUAUUGCACUUCCAUACUUGGGCGUCUACGUGUUCAGUACGUAUUUGAUUCUAUAAAGACACUAGCCAUAUUCCUGUUGGCAGUAGACUCCAAGCGAGUAGUGAGAGAGCCACUCGCAGGAAUUUCGAGUUCGGUUCUUUCAUAAGGAAGAAAAUUUUCCUGUUCUAACAUCACGGGAAAGACCCUGCCUCUUUUCCUCUAGAAUUAUACAUUCGUGGUGCUGUAGGACCAACUGAGUGAAUCUUCCACCCAAUCUCACAACCGUCUCACGUUGUGACGGAGGUUGUUCCCUUGUUACACUCCCACAACACACUGUAACGACGGUUGUUCCCUUGUUACUCUCACAACUUACACGCUGUAACGAGGGUUGUUCCCUUGUUACACUCCCACAACACACUGUAACGACGGUUGUUCCCUUGUUACUCUCACAACUUACACGCUGUAACGAGGGUUGUUCCCUUGUUACACUCCCACAACACACUGUAACGACGGUUGUUCCCUUGUUACUCUCACAACUUACACGCUGUAACGAGGGUUGUUCCUUGUUACACUCCCACAACACACUGUAACGACGGUUGUUCCCUUGUUACUCUCACAACUUACACGCUGUAACGAGGGUUGUUCCCUUGUUACACUCCCACAACACACUGUAACGACGGUUGUUCCCUUGUUACUCUCACAACUUACACGCUGUAACGAGGGUUUUUCCUUUGUUACUCUCACAACUUACACGCUGUAACGAGGGUUGUUCCCUUGUUACUCUCACAACUUACACGCUGUAACGAGGGUUAUUCCCUUGUUACACUCCCCCAACUUACACGCUGUAACGAGGGUUAUUCCCUUGUUACACCCCACAUCCACCACCACCUCCCCCUCCCCACCACAUGGCUCCCCCUCACGGAACCAGCCUGGCUCUGCGCUCCAUGGUCCGCAUCCCCGGAAGCGGCUGGGACCGAUCUGCGAGCGCCGUCUGCUGCGACUUCUCCAAGGUGUCGACCCUGGCUGCCUCCGCCGUCACGCCGCAGCCGCUGCCUCUGCUCCACCAAAAGCUCUCCUCGCGGCCCUCUCCUGCAGCCUCCAACAUGGACAAGCUAGCUGCUGACGAAGCUCAGAAGAAGGUCUGCGAGGAAGUGGCCGGGGGCUCCCGGAAGCGCACCUCUCAGCACACCCAUCUGCCACCCGGGCCGUCGAGUUCCAAGCUUGCCAGGGCGUCGAACGAGACUCCGAAGACGCCGUCGGGUGUGGCGAGACAAGCGAACCCGCCGAGAGUUCAGGGAAGAACAGUAACUCCGGCGAAAUUAGAGGAAAGAACAGUAACCCCGUCCGCCUUGCAAGUCGUCAUGCUCCGGCCGGUGCAGCAGAUAGCAAACUCGCCAGAGCAAAUGCAGCCUGUGCCUACGAUACAAGGGACACUGCAGGGGCGUCCUGUAACGCUAAUACCCGUUACCUAUCUGGCCGGAAUUCCCUCGUCCUCGGCUGUAGCGGGGAGAGCGCCGUCGUCGUCGUCCUCAAAAGCAGCAGUUAGACCGACAGUUCCUAUCGUGACAAUGGGACCAGCUGUAGGCAGGGUUGCAAAGAAAAUCCAACCUGUGCCCUCAGGUGUAAUCCUCCAGACAGCUACAACAGAACCUCUCCAGCACGUUCCUGUAACCGAAUCGUCCAUCCAGAAAUUGGUGGAAGAAUCGCAACAGCUCCGGCGGCAGAAUGCGAUCCUAAGCCAACGGCUGACGCACUACCAGGAGAUGUUCUCUGACGGCCAGAGACUCAGGAGAGAGAUGAGCACUUUAGGAAUUCAGGUGUACUAGGAGAUAAAUGAUUUUAGUAAACUGUUUUUAUUUACUCAA